UGACGCGUCAUUGGCUGUAGGCUGAGAGGGAAGAUCGCGUGAAGGGACAGGCAGUCACUCACUGAAUCUGACUAUCCAGCCAGCGCGGAAGAGAUGGCGUAGUGCUGCGUAGCACUGAUUGAUGCCUUUUUGUGACUGGGUCUCAUAUACUGGCUGCGAAAUGAUCCGGGUGUUCUUUUAGUCUAGGCUUACAACUUGGCAUACGUAGUUAACUUAGGAGAUGCCUUGAUGACAGUCUGUCGUCUCUAACUGAAGUAUAAACAUGAAAGUGUGGAUCCGUCUUGAAGCUGUUUCCCAGCUAUCUGUGUAGUCAUAGCUGCAGUUCUCAGUUCCCGAUUUUCAGUCGCGGUCGGGCGUGAAGGUCUUUACGUGAAUUUAUGUCGCCAUGGAGAACACGGGAUGUGUUAAUAUUUGUAGCCUCACCAGCACCCUGCCGGUAAUCCCCUACCAGAAGCUGACGGACCUGCAUUACCUGAGCAGAGGUGGCUUCGGGACCGUCUUCCGGGCGCAGCACUGCGACUGGCGGACGACGGUGGCCAUUAAGUGCCUCAAGCUGGACUCACCCGUAGGCGAAAGGGAGAGAAAUUGUCUCUUAAAAGAGGCAGAGGUUCUCCACAAGGCCAGAUUCAAUCACAUCAUCCAGAUCUUUGGCGUAUGCAACGAGCCGGAAUUCUUCUGUAUUGUCACAGAGUACAUGAGCAAUGGCUCCCUCGAUCAACUGCUGCAUGAGAAGAACGUAUAUCCCCAUCUGGAAUGGUCACUGCGUUUGCGUGUCUUGUACGAGAUUGCCCUGGGGGUCAACUUUCUGCACAACAUGAGCCCUCCUCUGCUGCAUCAUGACCUGAAGACACAGAACAUCCUCCUGGAUGGGGAGUUUCAUGUAAAGAUAGCAGAUUUUGGACUCUCAAAGUGGCGUCAGCUGUCCAUCAGCAAGACUUCAGGCUCCAAGGGACCAGAGAUGGGAGGAACGGUCAUUUACAUGCCCCCUGAGGAGUACGAGCCUUCCAAGAGCCGACGUGCUGACGUGAAACAUGAUAUGUAUAGUUAUGCAAUCAUCAUGUGGGAAGUGCUGUCUCGACGGAUACCAUUUGAAGAGGCGGUAAAUCCCAUGCAGAUCAUGUUCAGUGUUCUGCGUGGCAUCCGUCCAGACACAAGCUUGGACAGCCUACCUGAAGAUAUCCCAAGCAGGGAGAUACUCAUCCACCUCAUGACUUGUGGCUGGACCUCCAACCCUGAUGAGCGCCCGUCGUUUCUUAAAUGUCUUAUUGAGCUUGAGCCCAUGCUGCGCAGAUUUGAUGAGGUUGAACUUCUGGAGGCUGUACUAGAGGUGAUGAGAUCCAAGAUGUUGCUGAGAGUUGGCAGUCACACCACAACACCGCUGAAAAUUGAGACGAGAGAGAAGCCACUGGACUCUUUAAAAGAUAACAAUGUUCCUUGGCAGGACACAAGCUCCGGUUUGGGCUCUGGAUCCUCUUCUUACUCCUCUCAAGAACCUGACCGGCCAAAUUUCCUCACCAUCAGUGACCCACCCUAUAAAAAUGUCAACCAAGACUCUGUGACGACCCAAUUCUCUGACCCCCCCAAGCCACUGGUGGUCCCUAGCCUUGAGGACAAUGUGCAGUACCAGCAGAGUACCCAACCUGCUUCUAAGUUAAACAUCCCCUGCAAACCCAGCAUCCCAGAGAGCACUUGUGAACCCCGUCACCAAGCUGUCUCCCAGUCCUUCAGCCCACCUGUGGCGCAGGGCCUUGUUGCGCAGUGGGUGCAGGCACGGCGAGAGGAGAUAAUACGGCAGAUGACAGAGGCGUGCCUGAACCAGAGCCUAGAUGCUCUGUUGGCACGCGACCUGCUGAUGCGAGAGGACUACGAGCUGAUCUCCAACAAGCCCACACGUACUGCCAAGGUGCGCCAACUCUUGGACACCAGCGACCGGCAGAGUGAGGACUUCUGCCGCGUGGUUGUGCUGAAACUUCAGGAGAACCGGCAGGCCGGCUUGCAGCCCUUUCCUGAGAUGUCCUCAGCCAGCCCCACCCCAAGUGCUCCCCUUCUGACAUCCUGCUUAAACACACACAACAUAUUUUAAACCUCACCACAAGACUCAAUGGUUGUCAUAUUGAAGGAUGGCUUUUUGACUUCCCAUCCAUACCACCAGCCCUGGGCUCAAUAUUUAAACUCUGAGACCAUAUUUGCCUCACCUUGAUGAUCAUGCACACCCUUCCCAAAGACUAAGAGCAGUGCUACAGUCUAUAAAUGUGUUCCUUUUAAAAGGGUUCCUAUCCGCUGAAGUUGUUUUAGACAUUAGCAGUUCAACAUGACCAAGCUUAGAGAUCCAGUUGCUUUAUUUCAUUGCCUUUUCCUCGGAUAGAGUGCACCCUGCUGCAAAAGAACAUCCUAAUCUGUGCUCCCAAUACAGCCGUACUUCUCAUAAACUGGAAACUGGAAAGGUUCGUCGCAUUAUAUGCGCUGCUGAAAAAUACCACCAACCUACUGUUUGUCAGAAAUAAGCAUGAUUGACUUACGAGAUGCAGAGAUAAAACUCUGUAUUGUUGCAUUUCAGCCCUCUGUUGCAUUGCUGUGGCAAAUCAUCAGCACUUGAUCAACACUGUGGUCUGACACCAUCACCUCUGUAUAUGUGUCUGUGUGUCUGUCUAUACAUUUUGCAUGUUCUCCCUGUUACUGUGCUGGUUCCUCCCACAGUCUGAAAAAAUGUUGUCUGGGUGAAUUGGCAUCUCUGUACUGCCCAUUUUGUGAUAGUGGGCUUAUGAGUGUCCUUGCUAUUCUGUCCGAGUUAUCCCCUGUCUUGUUCUCUGUGCUUCAUGUUGAGCCUAUACUGAAUGAUUGGUAUUGAAAAUCGUUGGAGGGAUAUCCACAUGGGUGAUUACGUUUUUGCAGUUUGUGGCUACGCCAUAUGCAAUUUACCACAUGCAGAACUUCUUGUGGUUGAAUCAACUGCCUAGUACUCAAUUUUAGAGGUCUACAGUCUUUUGGAAAGUUCCCUUUAUGUAAUUUUCCUGUUUACGUAAUAGUAAAGUUUCACACAUGGCUUACAUUAUGUGAAUGACUUUGAAGUUGAACAUCUUUUUUUUCCUGACAGAAUGAACGUUGGUCAUUUGACAAUGAAGAAUUUUGGUUGUGAGGGGAGUGUGGUGUUUCACAGCAAACGCUUUUAGUUUUGGUUGCUGUGUGUGGGUGGGGUGGGGGGUCGAUUAAAACAUUUUAUUAUUCAUAUCACUAGUAAAAUUAUAUUUGAAAGCCUUAGGUAAACUUGUAGGUUGGGUUUUAUUAUCUGACUGUUUUGUAAUGUUUAUUGUAACUGAAAGGGAGAGUAAGACCUUUGAAUGCCUUUCUGCAUGUGGAAUUUCAUGCUUCUUUGCCUUGAGUUUUUACGGAGAGCUGUAUCCAUCUGUUUAUUUUUGUCUGGCUGUAAAAGCGCGUACUUUUUACUGAAGUUUUCUGAAUCUUAUUUUUAAUAAUUGUUUAGCAGGGAGGUGGCACAGGGAGUUUUACAGCUGGUUUUGAUUGGUUGAGACUUCAACUUCCAGUUCUGUAUAAGUAGUGUUGGCGUGUUCUUCCAAAAGAAGUAUUUAGACCAAUUAAUGUCUCUAAAGUGUGUGUGGCGUGUGUGCGUGCGUCCGUCCGUGCGUGUGUGUGUGUGUGUGUGUGUGUGUGUGUGUGUGCGCGCGUGCGCGUGUUUGUGUGGCCCUUGUGUCCACCCUAUGACGGAUUAGCAUCCUGUCCAGAUUGUCCUGUGCUUCUAAGCUUGCUGUGAACCUCUAUUGGAUAAGCAGUAUGGAUGGAUAGGUGGAUCGAUGGAUGGUAAAACAGUGUUGACCCAGUCCGUGUUAGCAAUUGAAAUGUUUGGUGAGCCUUAUGUUACACACUUUUGCUAACAGAGGAAGUUUAGGACAAACAGUCACUGUGAGAGAGACUUCACAUUGUCCCAUGAUGCAGUAAGCUAAUGAGUGACAGAGUUUGUAAUUAGGGUAUGUAGCUCACUAUACAUUCCACCGGCAUUACAAAACCUAUUUCAAAUGCUUCCUGGCAGUAGUGGAUUAAUUCACUUUUAAGCUGAAUACAAGUAAUGGGCUGUUAAUGAUACUUAGUGAUGGAUAUUUUCACUCAGCUGAGUGUUCACUGCCUUACUUGGUGCUACUCUGAAGUUUUUGUGAGUAGAUUCUGUGCAUGCUGGGGUUAAUUCUGAAAUGUGAUCGUUAUGAAGACACAGUAUUUGUGAACAUGAACUGAUUUUUUUUUUCUUCUCUAUGUGAUGUUUGUUCACCGUACAGAUGAGCUAUUCCUUUUACCCAGUAAUAAUAGCCUUUCAUUUAUGAGAAAAUGAGAUGUUAGAAACAAAUCUCUGAUAAAUUAAUAGUUUUAUAUUGUAUUAUAUUGAAAUCUCAAAAUGUAUGGUGGCCCAAACGUAUAGAAUAUCUGGGCUUUGCAAAUGGCUUUACGCUUCCAAAGAGAUCCGAACAAAAUAUGACCCUAAGUUAUUUUCAGCAGGGUGGGAGUUAGAUAAGUCUAAUGACUAGUACAGCACUGAAACUGAAACUGUACUUUUUUCGAAACUGUGGCAAAACGAUUUCUCUGUGCAAGUCCCUCUCUCCAUGUUUAUUUUAGCAUGUGCGUAUGCGCUGUCUAAAGAACUGAGAUUAGCUUAAUGGUAAUGUGUGCGCAGGGCUUAUAUAUUCUCUUCCUUUGCUGAGGGCAGACAACUGGAUCCUUUAACCUUGUUAAUUACUGUCUCUUUUUGUGCAGUAAACAGUAGUUAAUAAUUCCAGAUGUCGUAGAGUAAGAUCAAAUGUUUUUUUUUCUCCUUUACUUCCUCACUCUUCUUUCCUACUUGAAUCAACGUGCCAAUUUGAAUAAGAAUACCUUCUAAACGAUUUUGUGAUGUCUGCUGCUUUGCACUACGGACAUUUGCAUUUUUUCCCAAAUAGCUGGUUUGCAUUAACUGUGCUUUUUAAAUCUUACUCUCUGGGUUCUCAUUGCAUUUAGUUUUUCACAUCUUAAGAAUGACAAAAGGGGGAAAAAAAUUAUAAUAAUGUAGCCAAUACCAUGGACCAAACAGAAUACCCUGUGUCAAUGUGAUUUUCAGUUUUGUAUCCUCAUGUUCCAACAGAUUUGAAAUGUGACUUGUUCAUUCACUGUCCUCUGUAGCUACAUUUUGAAACUUUAUCACCGUAAUGUAGACAUGGGCCUGCACUGAAUGGAUAGGUUACUAAAUAAAAAUAAACAUUUUGUUUACACAUA